AUGGCGGAGGCGGUGGUCGGCUGGCUGGUGUGCCCGAUCAUCAAGAUCGUCGUCGAAAAGGCCGCCUCCGACAGGAUCAAGUGGAUGGGCGACGGCGUCUCCAAGGCGCUAGAGCGCCUCCGGAACACGCUGCUCCAUCUCCAGACCGUGGCGAGCGCCGUCCAGCUGCGGGGCUCCACGGACAGGUGCCGGAACCUCCGUGCGUGGCUGCAGCAGCUCAUGGACGCCGUGUACGAAGCCCAAGACGUCCUCGACGACUUCGACGACUCGAUCCCACACCCUGAAUCCUCCGUCGUCAGGUUCGGCAAGCGGAUCUUGGGCGCCGACGAGCGCGUCAACAGGCUCAAGGACGUCGUCGAGAAGCUGGAGGCCAUCCACGCUGGCUCUUCGAUGCUGCUGUCAGCCACGGAGACCAUCGCGUCGGCGUCAGUGUCGCGCCAACCGAGCGGCAGCAAUCACACGGGCCCUAUGCGCCCGGACGAGGACGCCGUGGUCGGGCGCGAGAAGGAGCUGCAAGAGAUGGUGUCCUGGCUCGUCGACACGCCCGACGCCGACGCCAAGCCCGUGUCCGUCCCCAUCGCCGCGAUCUGGGGCCAUGGCGGGAUGGGGAAGACCACGCUGGCGCAGCUCCUGUUCAAGGAUCAGAAGGUAACCUCCGCCUUCGACCUCAUGAUCUGGGUCCGGCCUGACGCCAAGGACAACGAGUUUGAGCUCGCCAGGCAAAUCCUGCAGUCCGCCAAUGUCGACGUGCCAGACAGUAUGAAGAGCUUCCACAGGCUACAAACUGACCUCCAGGAGAAAGUCUCGUCGCGCAAGUUCCUGCUGGUGAUCGACGAUGUCUGGAACAGAGAGGACAUCGACAUGAAGGGGAUUGGCUACCGUGAGAUGUGGGCUAAGGUGCUGGCACCCCUCAGGCACGGGGAGUCAACGGGGAGCAAGAUUGUGGUCACCACAAGGCAAAAGAUAGUGGUGACAGCGCUUGAAGCACGCGAGUUCUACUUGGGCGACUUGCCGGACAAUGAUAUCUGGUCUCUGCUCACAAGGUAUGCCUUUGGUGACGACAACAUUGAUAAGUGGUCUCCCGAGCUGCAAGGCAUUGGGAGGAAAAUCGCUGAAAAGCUCAGGGGCUCACCAUUGUUGGCGAAGGCCGUCGGACAGAUGCUGGGAAGCAACCGCAGGGAAAGCUAUUGGAGGAACGUGCUUGAGAAGGAUGGCUUCGAUGAUAUUUCCAAAACAUUAGAGUUGUGCUACCAGAAUUUACCAGAGCACCUGCAACCAUGCUUUGCAAUCUGUAGCUUGUUCCCGAAGAACUGGAGGUUCAAGCGCGAUAAGCUGGUGAAGAUUUGGAUGGCCCUUGAUUUCAUCCGGCCAACUAGUGGGAAGGCCCAAUUGGAGGAUGUGGGAAGCGAGUACUUUGAUCAGCUUGUGGAGAGGUCAUUUUUCCAUAGGCAAAAGCUGGGGCGUCGGAGGUACUAUUACAUCCACGACCUGAUGCAUGAUUUGGCCGAGAAGAUUUCUCGAUUCGAUUGCGAGAGAGUUGAAGAUGCAAAGAAAGAGAUCCCUAAGACAAUCCGGCACUUAUCUGUGUCUGGUGAUAGUGAUACGGUGGCGCAGCUCAAGAGCCGAUGUGACCUGAAAAGAUUGCGCACACUACUGAUUCUCAAGAACCCUUCCUCUUUGUUGGAUCAACUGCCAGGAGAUUUUUUCACAGAGCUAAAAGGCCUUCGAGUUCUUAGUUUGGAAGGCUGCAAUAUCAUUCGUCUAUCGGAGAGGAUUGGAAACCUUAAAUACCUCAGAUACCUGGCACUUUGCAAAUCAACCACCAAGCUUCCACAAGCACUGACAAAGCUCUAUCGUCUUCAAACCUUUAGUAGUCCUAAGGGGUCUGGCCUUGAGGUCCCGGAAGAUAUUGUAAACCUGACACGUCUGCGACAUUUGGACAUGGAUACAUCCAAAAUCACUGGCAUUGGGAAACUGGUUCACCUGCAGGGAUCAGUUAAGUUCCAUGUUAAAAAUGAAAAGGGCCAUACUUUAGGAGACUUGGAUGGUAUGAGCAGUCUGCGUAAAGAGCUUCAUAUAAAGAACCUUGAUGUUGUAACAAAGCAAGAAGAAGCCUGCAAGGCUGGAUUAAACAGGAAGGAGAAUGUUAAGGUACUGGAAUUAGAAUGGAACUCGACUGGUAAGAGCGUUCCCUCUGUUGAGGCUGAAGUUUUGGAUGGUCUUGAGCCGCACCAAUAUGUUAAAAGGCUUAUAAUUAGAAGAUAUCAUGGUAAUAGAUCACCAAACUGGCUGAGCACAAGCUUGAAGGAGAGCAACUUCUACUUCAAAUACCUGCAUUUGAUCAACUGUAGAAAAUGGGAGGUCCUGCCUCCUCUCGGGCAGCUUCCAUGUCUCAAGGUUUUGCAUUUGAAAGAAAUGUGCUCAGUGAAAAAAAUCGGCCGUGAAUUUUAUGGAACCAAUCCAAUUGCAUUUCCAUAUUUGGAGGAACUUGAAUUUGAUGAUAUGCCUCAGUGGGUUGAGUGGACCCAAGCAGAGAAGAGCACUGAUAUGUUUCCUAAACUCCGCAAGUUGAAGCUUUUGAACUGUCCUGAGUUGAUUAAGGUGCCUCAGCUCCCUCUAUUUGUGCGGAAGGUCUCAGUAAAAAAUACAGGAUUUGUUUCACAACUAAAACUAUCCUCCUCUUCCUCGCCAUCAAAAGCGCGCAAGUUUGCAUUAGACACAUGCUCUGCCACUGUCCUUACAAAUGGCUUAAUGCACAAGCAACAACUGGAAUCAAUUGCUAUUUUGACUCUGAGGAACUGUCAAGAUGUAAAGUUUGAAGAGCUUCAUGUGUUGACUUCCUUAAAGAGGUUGCAAAUAUCUCAUUCAAGCAUAAAUGAUGAGCAGCUAUGCACUUGUUUGAGGGGUUUACAAGCGCUUACCUGGCUGGAGAUAUCUAAUUGCAACAUCACAUGCCUUCCACAGAUGGAAAGUUCAGACUGCUUAACAAAACUUCAUGAGCUACGCAUUCAGCAGUGCUCUGAAUUUUCCUCUCUACACUCUAUGCCAAGUUUUGUGGCACUAGAAAGUGUAUUGAUCGAAAAUUGCUCCAAGAUCACUGUGAAAUCUUUCCCUACCAACUUGAACAGCAACACCACUCUGAGAAAACUGAGCAUAAUGAAUUGUGCUGAGUUGGAGUCUUUGCCAAGUGGCUUCCCAUCUUCUCUGCAAGUUCUUCAUUUAAUUGGGUGCAAACCAAAUUUGAUGAACCAACUACAACUCAAGGAUGGACCAGAAUGGGAUAAAGUAGCUAUUAUUCCCAUAAAACAAAUCCGUUGA